AUGGAAUUUUGGAACGCCGUUAUCAAACAGCCCAUCGUGGCCAUUGUCGUGGUUGGAGUGACCUAUGGAGUGUGCUUGGCAGCCUAUCGGCUAUGGCUUUCACCACUCGCUCAUUUCCCUGGACCAAAGCUGGCCGCUAUGACAAUGUGGUACGAGUUCUACUAUGAUUCGUUCCUCGAAGGCCAGUACACUUUUCGAAUCGCUGAGAUGCAUCGCAAAUACGGCCCCGUUGUGAGAAUCAGUCCCUUUGAAAUACACAUCGACGAUCCAGAGUACUAUGAGGUCUUAUAUUCUCGAGAUAACCCGAGGGACAAAUACAUACAUUUGACUGGCAUGUUUGGGGCACCUGCCUCCUCUUUCGGAACAGUCGAUCACCGCCGCCAUCGGAUACGUCGACAACCUAUGAACCCAUUCUUUUCUCACCAGCGGAUCCGGCACUUGGAGCCUAUGAUUCGCGGAAUGAUUGAUAAACUGCUCAAAGGAAUGCGAAAUUGGAAGGAGAGAAAUACACCGCUGCAAGUUUAUCAUGCGUUCAAUGCCUACGCGACAGACGUAGUUGCGGAGUAUACUAUGGGUGAAUCGUUCCAUUAUUUGGAUGACCCUGAUUUCACACCACAGUGGUCGAAGACGAUUGAGGCAAUUGUGCGGGUCGGGGUUCAAUUCAAACAGUUUCGCUGGGUCUUCGGCUUGUUCGAGCUCCUUCCACGGUGGCUGGUUGUGAUUAUCAACCCUCACAUCGGUCUGGUAGUUGAUCAGAGACUCGAAAGUUUGCGACUAGCGAAAUUGGUCAUUGAUAGUCAAGCCGCCGGUGGGAACUUGACAGAUGAUAAGGCUAGUGUGCCGAAAGGUACAUUGUUUCACGCGCUGCUAGACAGCAAACUUCCCUCAGAGGAAAAGGCUGCGGGCCGCUUGAGUCAAGAGGUUUUCACCGUCAUCUCGGCAGGAGGAGAAACGACUGCGAAGAAUCUGACGACACUCACCUUCCAUCUACUUAACAACCCAGACAAGUUACAAAGGCUGCGGGAUGAGCUUAACCGACUCGACCCCGAUAGAACAGCGACGUUGGUAGAAUACGAAGCAAUGCCAUACCUCACUUCUGUUAUGCUCGAGGGCUUAAGAAUCACCAACGCUGUGGGAACGAGGCUUCAACGCAGCUCUCCAGAUCAAGCUAUGACUUACAAGGACUGGGUCAUUCCUCCCGGGACAUAUGUGGGGAUGACCGGCCUAUUUAUCCACCACGAUGAAGAUAUUUUCCCAGACUCGCACAGUUUCGUUCCAGAGCGAUGGAUGGACCCAGCGAAGAGGAAAGGCCUCGAAAAGUAUCUGGUUUCUUUUAGCAAGGGAUCAAGACAGUGCAUUGGCAUCCCGCUUGCACGGGCGGAGAUCCUUAUAGCAAUUGCCACCAUUUUCCGGGAAUUUGAGAUGGAGCUCUACGAGACUACAGUAGAUGACGUUCGAACCGCACGAGACAUGUUUGUUGGUCACCCACGCAAAGGAAGUCAGGGUGUUCGCGUUAUGAUAAAGGAUGUGAAUGGACGUCCUGGUCAGAGUGAAAAGUCGCCAUGA